UCAUGGCACUGGCCUGACCCCCCCAAGGAGCUGUUCCAUUUUGCGCAAACUCACAACGAAAGCAGAAAGGUACUGUACAUGAUGGCGGGCCAACAACACUCAUCGUCACUCCUGCCGCCAGCAACACCACCUGCCGCUCAGAGCGAUCCGCACAUAGUCGCCUCCCUCGCGCUCUCCCUCCUCCAAGCAGACGCCCUCAGCACGCUGUUCAGUAUUUCCUCGCCGCUGCUCCAGGAACGCUGUCUCCUUCUCGGGGGCACCAACACCUCCUCUCCCUUCCCCGACAACGAAACCGAGAGCAGGUCUCAUGCCCGCGACUUGCGCACGCUCUUCCAAUGGCAAGCCGACCACGCGCUGGACUUGGUCUCGAAGUUCGACGCCGGGCGCGAUAUCACCCCAGCCAGCGUUAUAUAUUACCGUAUGUGGGACGCGGAGACGCUGCAUGCCUCUCUACCUUUCUCAGAGGCGGGCUCGACGACGGGUGUGGUGGUUCUAGAGCAGGAUCUGAAAACAAGGGCGUGGAUGUAUCAUAAUCUUUUGGAGGUGGCCGAGGCGGCGUUUUUGGGCGGGUGGGAGACGUCGAUUGAAAGUGCUGUUGAGGAUUUGGGGCGGCGGAAGGCGGUGGCGGAUGUGGGAUUGAGUGGAGAGGAGCGAAGGUAUUGGGAUUUGUACGAUACGUGUGUCGAGAACGAGAAGGCAGAGCAGCACACCUCCGAUAAAGAACCCCAAGCCAUCCCUGACGACGGGGAAGACGGUGACGGGGAUGACUACUGGAGCUCCUAUGACGCCGCUGGGCUGCCUUCAUAUUGAGGAUAUGGCAAAGUUUUUGGACGGAUCGAUAUAUACCCUAGGCUAGGAAUUUCGUAACAUAGAGACCGGCGUAGUACCCACGGGCUGGCCAGGUUUUACGAAGAUGCUCUGUAUAGCGCAUAUGAACAUUGACACGUUCCUGAGGGAUCAGACUCGCACCUUUUCCAUGUGCAGUCCACGCUCUCCGAGGAAACGGAUUAAUGCUCCUGCAGAUUCAGAAAAAAAAUCGAUUAAAUGCUUGUAAAGAAC